CAACUCACUUCGAGCCACUCGGAGAACCCGGUUUUCCCACUGGGGACAGUGAUUGUUCUCGUUGUCUCUUGCCUUUAGAAAGUUACCCCGCCGCUUUUGGUCAUCCGUCCAGAGUAGGAAGGAGAAGUAAAGAGACAGCGUGGUCUGUCCCCGGGGGAGGGAAUGCAGGGGGAUCCCGUCAAGUGGGCAAAGCCAGUUUCAGCCGGAGCAGGGAGUCCAGCCCAUUGACAAUUCAGCCCCGGAAAGGGUUAACUGCAUCCAGCCGGUUCGGUUUACAUGUAAAUAGAGAGCAGCUGCUCCGCGCGGGCUCCGGCUGGCCCUUUUAAGUUUUUGAUUGGUUGCCAAUGACAUCACCUCCCGUGUUAUAACACAGAGGAUCCAAAGCGGCGUCGGAUAAACCCUCCUUAAAGAGACGAGGCCACGCCCCCGACUCCUCCCCCUCUGGCUGCCCAUUGGCCGUGGGCUGCUGUGAGGUGGCGGUCAGCUUUCUUCGGAUUCCUAUUGGUCCAGCGUGCCGUCGGUCGUCAGCCGGCCCGCCCCCUCAGAACCUUACAUUUACAGUGUAGCAAAAGAGAAAGUAACUAUGUUGCUGCUGGAGAUCAAUGAAGCCAAGUGAAUGGGAGCUGAAUGCGCGAAUCCAUAGCCGAAGCGAAGCGCCAGAUGGUGGAGGGCUACGCUUAUUUAUGAAACUGUCUUGAGUUCUUCUUGAAUUGCCAGUUUUCAGCCUCCUCAUGCCUCCGUCUCCCUUAGACGACAGGGUAGUAGUGGCACUGUCUAGGCCCGUCCGACCUCAGGAUCUCAACCUUGGUUUAGACUCUAGCUACCUUGGCUCUGCCACCCCAGGCAGUAACAGCCACCCUCCUGUCAUCGCCACCACCGUUGUGUCCCUAAAGGCUGCGAAUCUGACGUAUAUGCCCUCAUCCAGCGGCUCUGCCCGCUCCCUGAAUUGUGGAUGCAGCAGUGCCAGCUGCUGCACUGUGGCAACCUACGACAAGGACAAUCAGACCCAAACCCAAGCCAUUGCCACUGGCACCGCCACCACCGCCAUCGGAACCUCUGCCACCUGCCCUGUCAACCAGAUGGUCAACAACAAUGAGAAUGCAGGCUCUUUAAGUCCAUCAGUUGGGGUGGGCAGCCCUGUGUCAGGGACCCCCAAGCAGCUAGCCAGCAUCAAAAUCAUCUACCCCAAUGACUUGGCGAAGAAGAUGACCAAAUGCAGCAAGAGUCACCUGCCAAGCCAGGGCCCUGUCAUCAUUGAUUGCAGGCCCUUCAUGGAGUACAACAAGAGUCACAUCCAAGGAGCUGUCCACAUUAACUGUGCAGAUAAGAUCAGUCGGCGGAGACUGCAACAGGGCAAGAUCACUGUCUUAGACUUGAUUUCCUGUAGGGAAGGCAAGGACUCUUUCAAGAGGAUCUUUUCCAAAGAAAUUAUAGUUUAUGAUGAGAAUACCAAUGAGCCGAGCCGAGUGAUGCCCUCCCAGCCACUUCACAUAGUCCUCGAGUCCCUGAAGAGAGAAGGCAAAGAACCUCUGGUGUUGAAAGGUGGACUUAGCAGUUUUAAACAGAACCAUGAAAACCUCUGUGACAACUCCCUCCAGCUCCAAGAGUGCCGGGAGGUGGGGGGCGGUGCGUCUGCGGCCUCGAGCAUGCUACCUCAGUCCAUCCCCGCCACCCCCGACAUCGAGAACGCAGAGCUGACGCCCAUCCUGCCCUUCCUGUUCCUUGGCAACGAGCAGGAUGCUCAGGACCUGGAGACGAUGCAGCGGCUGAACAUCGGCUACAUCAUCAACGUCACCACUCACCUGCCCCUCUACCACUACGAGAAAGGCCUGUUCAACUACAAGCGGCUGCCGGCCACUGACAGCAACAAGCAGAACCUGCGGCAGUACUUUGAAGAGGCUUUUGAGUUCAUUGAGGAAGCUCACCAGUGUGGGAAAGGACUUCUCAUCCAUUGCCAGGCUGGGGUGUCCCGCUCUGCUACCAUCGUCAUCGCUUACUUGAUGAAGCACACUCGGAUGACCAUGACUGAUGCUUAUAAAUUUGUCAAAGGCAAACGACCAAUUAUUUCCCCAAACCUUAACUUCAUGGGGCAGUUGCUGGAGUUUGAGGAAGACUUAAACAACGGUGUGACACCGAGAAUCCUUACACCAAAGCUGAUGGGCGUGGAAACGGUUGUGUGAUAAUAGUCUGGAUGGAAAGGAUUACUGUUCUCCAUUUGGAGAUGAAGAGGAAGGAGAAUGGAUUCCUUCUUUUUUCUUUUUUUUUCUUUUUUUAGAUGGGGGUAAAGUUUGUGAACAGAAAAAAACUUGUUUAAAAACUUUUUAUUUUUAACAAGUGUGAGAAGAAUUUAACUUUUGAUGCCAUUGAGAUUUACUUCCCAAGAACUGAUAAAGCAGGGAGGCUAAAGAAGUAAUUUUUUUAAGCCAAUAAUAAAAAUAUAAUAAAACUUGUUUCUUCCCCUUUUCCUUUUAAGCUAUUUGUAGAGUUUAUGAUUAAAUAGUCUGUGCAGGUUCAUAGACCGACGAUACUAUACUUUAAACCGUUUAAAAAGAACCAAAAGUAAGUAGAAAAGACACUGAAUCAUGAAGGCCUGGGAUCUGCCUGGGCCAUCCAUACAGAAAACAAAAACCCAACCAAACCAAGCCCUGUUGUGCUCACUGGUGCAAAGAGAAGAUCAGGGCAGCUUGAGUGGUCUAAGAACCCUUCACAAUCUUUAAAGAGACAAAGAAUACUGUUGAUUUUGUGUGUUUCAUACUCUGGAUUAUUUUUUCCCCUCUCUCUGGGUUUAAGAGAUUUUUUGAAAUAGCAAGAACUGACCAUUAUACCAUAUGCCUUCACUGGCUUCUUGUGCAAUAAUAUGGUGUUUUGAGUGUGCAAAUGAGUGUGAGCUGGCAGCCGGAUGAUAGACAAAUAGUGCAAAUUUGCCAGCUUGGAGAUAGAAAAGAAUUAAACAAAACCAAUUUCUUUCCUUCCCACCUUUUUCCUUUGUUUAAUUUUUUUUGGAUUUGAAUCUGGUUACAGUGCCAUACACCUUGUUACAUAUGUAUAUCAGAAUGUAAAAAAAAAGACAAAAAUUUAUUUAAAAAUAUUUUUUGCAAAAAAAAUAACUUGGUGUGUUUCUGUUGAUUGUGUAAAAAUUUAUUUUCAUUAUAUAAAUGAAACUUA